UCGAGGCGCUGCGAAUUCUCACUCCGGAGGCCCCUCGGCCGACACGCCAUGGGGGAGCCGGGAUCUCGCUCCCACUCUGCCAUGUCCUCCUCAGGAAAAACCGUCUCUGCCUCCUCCUGCCUCUCCUCCCAGUGCUUCGACCUCCUGACCAAGUCCUGCGUCAAGUGCUCCGACCUCUUCAAGGAAAACACAACAGAGCCUGCCAGUGCAGUGCCCGCCUCGGCCCUGGAGCCCACCCAUCCCUCAAUAGACCUCUCCAGCACCCUCCUCAUCUUCGGGGUCCCGGCAGCAGUGGUGUUCAUCCUGGUCCUGGCCACCCUCUUGGGCUUCCUGGUCUGCAAGCUGAGGAAGUGGAGGAGAAAGACGAAGGCGGAGGACAAGGAGGCCCAAGCAAACAUGGAAGCCACCAGUCCCCUGCCCACCCCAGGCUGUCAGGACCCUGCCGUGACAGAGGGAGAUGCCAUCCUGGCCCAGGCCCCAUGUCAGCAUCUCAAUGGAGGCCUGAAGAUGCUGAGUCCACCUGGGAAAGUAGGGGCAAAGCGGAGGCCGUGCUGCCAGGGUGACGCUGAUGGUGACAUCAUCCUGCUGUCCACCGUGUACCCCCAUCAUGAGGAAUGCAACCAUGGCUUCCCACUGCCUGCCACGGAGCUGGGGGCCACAGCUCUGGUCACCACCAAAACCACCCAGAACUGUGCCUGAGAGGAGAGAGCCUGAAGGCAGGGAGAAUGGGGCAAAGCCUUACAUCUGUGUCUGCAGACCAGUUUUCACCUCAAGCAAGAUGCGUAUUCUAAGAUGACAUUCUGUCUCCAUUUUCCUGUUUGUGAUAAGUCCCAGGUUAUACCUGUAAUUGCUGGAGGAAGCCAAAAUGGAUCAUGCUGAGUUAUGCCAAGUGCUGCCACAGCUGUACCAUUGGGAGGAGGCAGAGCAAGACACAUCUGGUGAGGACAGAGCAUGGCAGGGACUGCUGUGCCAUUUGUGAACAGUACAUAUUCGCUGCUGGAUGGGUGAUUCCUGUGAACAUGGUGCUGGGAUAGCAGAAAGAGAGUGGAGAAAGGAAGAUGGAAGGGAAAGCAGGGAGUUACACUGGGACCAAAUCCCACACUGCUGCUAUUAGCUUGAUUUUUGCUACUGAUCUCAGUAGGAGGAAGCUUGGGACCAUAUGGAACGAGGCACAUCCAGCAUCUACUCCAUUCACAGUCCUGUUUUCCCUGUCUUCUGCAAGCUGUAAUAUCCACAUCUCUUGUCCCUCUGGGCACUCUCAUGUAGCAGCAGUCAUCCACUGGCACUCGUGGGAAACCCCUUUUCAGUUGGGGAUGGGAAAGAAGUCCAUCUUCCUAAGCAGGAAGCAAGGGAGGAAAGAGGGUAAAAAACAUCUGUCUGCUCUGACCUACAGUCACUGAGUUCAGGGGGGACCAGGGGAGACAGACUGCUGGUCUAGAGAUGCUCCAUGAGCUUGUCACUACAGCCCCAGACAACCAUCACUUCAGCUCACUGCAGCUGCAGAAAUACCACAUAUCACUUGGGAUGGACGUUUCCAUGCCAUGCAAAACCAGGCAGGGAGUGAUGCGAGUGUAGGCAGGAGGACUGUUUUUGUGUCUCCAAAGCUUUGCCUGUGUGCCAGAACUGGCCAGCAAUUGUUGAUCCAAG